UAAGUGAUAACAAAAGAUCGCUCAUCUAGUGAGAGUCAUAUUAAUUAUUCGCUGCGAGUUCAGCUGCCUGGUCCCGGCUGUGUAUUGUGUAACGACGUUAGAUCCUAUCGCAUUCGACAAAGCUGAUCACGAUUUUAUUAAUAGGGCUUCUAAAAUCCUUCAGCUUUGAACAUCUAUCUUGUCCCAUCGGCCUUUGUGCGUGGACAUGCAACCGUCGUAAUCGUUUACGAUUUCGCCGGAUACAGUGAAAAUGGGAAAGAAAAACGUCUGCGUGGUGGUCUUGGGCGAUAUAGGUCGGAGCCCUAGGAUGCAGUAUCAUGCACAGUCUUUGAUCCACCAAGGUUUUGACGUUGACAUCGUCGGAUACACAGACAGCCCCGUGCUGGACGACCUGAAGGAGAAUGCCACAAUUAUCAGUGUCCGAAAACCGUUUCCGUUCGACGAAUAUGUGCCGCGGAUAAUAGCAUUCCUGUUAAAAGUUGUAUGGCAAACACUGACACUGUUUUGGGCCAUAUUAGUGAAGCGCAAAUCCGAUAUUGUUCUAGUUCAAAACCCACCUGCAAUUCCAACACUUGCUGUUUGCUGGUUUUAUUGUCUGCUCGUCAAUGCAAAAUUUAUAAUUGACUGGCAUAAUUAUGCAUACUCAAUACUUGCUCUGACAUUAGGUUCCAAUGCACCUCUGGUAAAAGUUUCCCUUUUCUAUGAACACUUUUUCGGAAGACUAUCUGAUUUUAAUCUAUGUGUUACUGAAGCAAUGAGAGAAGACCUGCAUGAAAAAUGGAAUAUUAAAGCUACAACACUGUAUGAUCGUCCAGGACCACAGUUUAAGACAAUAACAUUAACUGAAAAACAUAAUUUACUAAAAAAAAUGAAUUUAAAUGAUUUCACUGAAGUAUCAGAAUCUGGAGAGGUGCGAUUAAAAUCUGACAGGCCUAGUCUACUUGUGUCCAGUACUAGCUGGACCCCAGACGAAGAUUUUUCAAUUCUAUUGAAAGCUCUACAAAAAUACGAUGAAAGUGAUGAUAUAUAUCCAAAACUCAUUUGUGUUAUCACUGGGCGAGGCCCAUUAAAGCAUCACUAUCAACAUAUGAUUUUCAAAUUGAAAUGGAAGAAAGUUUCAAUCAUUACACCUUGGCUUGAGAAUAAUGACUAUCCACUUCUUUUAGCGUGUGCUGAUCUUGGUGUGUGUUUACAUGCCUCCUCUAGUGGUUUAGACUUGCCUAUGAAAGUGAUUGAUAUGUAUGGCGUUGGCUUACCUGUUUGUGCAUAUGAUUUUAAAUGCUUAAAAGAAUUGGUUCGACAUAACGAAAAUGGUCUUGUAUUCUCUAAUGAAAAUCAGCUUGCAUUGCACAUAAUGACAUGGUUUGAAAACUUCCCUUUUCAGAUUUGUGAGAAACAAACUAGAUUUCGCAAAGAAAUUGAUAAUUUUCGGGCAGUUGAUUGGCAUACAAACUGGAUGAAUAAUGCAUAUCCAAUUUUUUCUAACGACAAUGAAUAGUGGAUAUCUAUGUUUAAAAAUUGUAGUGCAUAUUAAUAACUUUAUAUAAUGUAAUACUGCAGGGAUAAGUAAUUUCAAUUGUACAAUGAAUUUGUUAAAAAAUUGAAUUCCACUCUCAGAUAACAUAUCUGAGAAUAUUAUCAUUUUCAAAAUCUCUCUGGGAAUAUAGGGUAAAAAAAUAUAAACAAGAAAUUGAACAUUAAUAUAAAUUUAUUCUUUUGUAUUCCAA